AAAAUCGCCAACAACUUCCCAGGAAGUGUUUAUCUGACCGCUGCCAACAUGGAUUUAACAAAACAGCAAACCCGAGUGUCAUGAUUCUCUUCUGAUCCCCUCAAUAGUAGAUAUUGUAUAAACUAUCGGGCUGUGUAUGUUUAAUCUCCUGAAGAGCUCAUGACUGCUCAGUGAGCGCUAAAGCUAGGCUAGGCUAGGCUAACAGUACUCAGUGUUUGUGAUGUGAGCUGCUCAACAGUGUUUUUGAGGAUGUACACUUUAUUAUCGGGCCUCUACAAGUACAUGUUUCAGAAGGACGAGUAUUGUAUCCUCAUCCUUGGCCUGGACAAUGCAGGAAAGACGACCUUUCUGGAACAAACAAAAACCAGGUUCAGCAAGAACUACAAGGGCAUGAACCUGUCGAAGAUCACCACUACUGUGGGCCUCAACAUCGGCACCAUUGAUGUGGGAAAAGCUCGUCUGAUGUUCUGGGAUCUCGGAGGACAAGAGGAGCUCCAGUCUCUGUGGGAUAAGUAUUACGCAGAAUCUCAUGGUGUGAUUUACGUCAUCGACUCCACGGAUGAGGAGCGGCUGGGCGAGUCCAAAAACGCCUUUGAGAAGAUGAUCAGCAGUGAAGCUCUGGAAGGAGUUCCUCUCCUGGUGCUCGCCAACAAACAAGAUGUGGAGAAUUGUCUGUCUGUCCCUGACAUAAAGACGGCGUUCAGCGACUGUGCUCCAAAAAUCGGCAAAAGAGACUGUCUGGUGCAACCCUGCGCCGCUUUAUCAGGGCAGGGCGUGAAUGACGGCAUUGAAUGGAUGGUCAAAUGUGUGAUCCGGAACAUUCACCGUCCACCCAGACAAAAAGACAUCACAUAAAACAGCUUCUUGUGUGUGUGUGUGUGUGUGCGUGUGUGUGCGUGCGUGCUUGCGUGUGUGUGUUAGUUACGGUGUAUGUUAGUGUGAGUAUUUGUGCAUGUUAUUGUGUGUGCAUGCUUGUCUGUUUGUGUUUGUGUGUGUGUGUAUGCAUGAGUGUUAGUCUAUUAGUGUGUGAGUUAGUAUGUGUAUACAUAUGUUUGUGCAUGUUAAUGUGUGUAUGUGUACGUGUGUCUGUUGAUGUGUAUGUCUGUCUGUGUGCAUUAAGUGCGUGCAUAUGUUAUUGUGUGCGCGCGCGCGCGAGUGUUAGUGUAUGGGUGUGUGUUACUAUGUGUGUGUAUAACUGUGUUAGUGUGCGUGUAAGUGUCUGUGUGCGCAGAAGUGCGAGUGUAGUGUGUAUGUUAUUGUGUGCGUGCGCAUGAGUGAUAGUGGAUGGGUGUGUGUUAAUAUGUGUGUGUCUGUGUGUAUACCAGUGUUAUUGUGUGUGGUGUGUGUGUAUGUGUAUGAGUGUUAGUGUAUGGGUGUGUGUUAAUAUAUAUGCGUGCGUGUGCAUGGGUGUAUCUGUGUGUGCGCGUGCGGUCAUGUAUCUGUUUGUGUGCAUGUGCCUGUGUGCAUAUGUUAUUGUGAGUGCGAGUGUAGUGUGUGAGUGUGAGUGUUAGUGUAUGGGUGUCUG